AUGAAUCUGGUGCAGGGCGACCACGUUAUCAGGGCCACCGCUACCUUCACGAUCCCCCAGCCCAACGACACCCAGGCGCAUAAUGGAGCCGUCUACGCGAUGGUCAUGCCGAGGGUACGCGGCAGUCUGCAACUGUGGGCAAACGAACUGCCGCCCGCCAACCGGGCACGACAAACGCUGCCCGUCAUGCUGCAGAUGGUCGAAGCGCUGGUCCAGCUCCACCGACAGGGCUUCGCGCACCAGGACCUAAAGCUCGGAAACAUGGUAUAUGACCGCACAUCGACCGGAGAGAUGCGCGUCCUGAUAUCGGACCUGGAUCGGAUCACUCGUUCGCGGUAUGUUCGCGGUAGCGCGGGGACGCCGGGGUAUCUCUCGCAGGAAAUCCUAUUGAGAAAAACGUUUGAUCCUAUGAGCCCUGAUGUCUUCGCGAUGGGUAUGGCUCUGCUUCAGUUGGCUUUCGAUAGCAUGUCCAGUCAUGACUUUCGUAUGCUGGUGUGGAGGACUGUGGUUGACGCCGCCAAGCCAUCCAAGGUCAAACAAGCUUUGGUAGACUUGUUUGGUGGUGAUUUGAAAGAGGGUCCGCUGAAUAUGUUUACAAGAUCUUUAUGCGAGCAAGAGGGCCAUAAUAAUGAUGGAGAGUGGAAGCGUCGUAUAACGGCGGAGGAGCUUUUGACAGAGCUAAGAAGGAUAGUCAAUAGUGGACUGUGGUGA